GCCGCAAGUGACUAACACGCUCGAAACGAGAAGAGGAACCAAGGGAAAAACCUGCUUGCUUGCUGUGUCUCGCUCUCUCACACGGAACUUGUCUGCGCCUCUCUCCGGCGUGCGUGUGGUCUUGCGCGAGAUUGUCCUUGGGUAGAAAUCGACAGUCAAGCAGGAGGAGUUUUCGAAGGCACAAGAGGGGUGGCAGCACGCGGACCAACUCGUGAAGGCUGAGAAGAGAAAGGAAGGGAGAGGCUUGAGACGAGACACGCGAGACAGACAACAAGCAGCGGAGGCUCCCAGGGAGAUGGCUCGAAGGAACGCCACGGGCGUGCAACCUCUAGGCAGACGGAAGCGGAAGAUAGGAUCAGAUGCAGACUGCGGCGGCGUCGUGGGAGGGGUGUUCAGGAGGCAAGCCACCGGAGGGAGGGGCAGGAGGCGGAGCACCGGGCAGAGCUUCGUGUUGUCAGCCACCGGGAACUUUCAUCGGCGUCUUCGGAAGGAUUUGGAAGGGGUGCCAGAGUUGAUAGCCGACGUCAGGAAGAGCCUCAUAUCACGCGACAACGCAGCCUUGAUCGCGGCCGUUAUCGAGGUGCGCAGCAAGCUUAUCGAAGGCAACAGCGCCCCGUUUGAUCGGCCCAUACGGUCAAGCAACUCCUCGUCGGGAGUUGGAGGUGGGGGCGUAGGUGAGGGCGGAGUUGGGGGCGCCGGCGGAGGGGGCGGGGGUGGGGGCGGCGCGGAGCACAAUCACGGGCAUCACUACCAUGGGGACGAUGAUGAGGAUGACCCCUACCGGCAAGUUCGUCGCCUGGACCGAGAGGCCUUCGUGUCGCUGGGAGGGCCGGAGCUUCUCCUUCAGGUGCUGAAGAGGCCGGGAUCCCCCGCGGACGCCCGGUCCAUCCCGGCGGCGAUCGUGACGCGCGACAUGCCGCUGUGGAAAACGACGCUCAUUAUCCUGCGGGAGCUGUGCUUCAUGGAUCAAGACCUAAGCGAGAGGCUGGGGUCGCCGGAGCUGAUCCUGUACCUCCUGACUCUGAUGGCGUACCAGGGUGUGUUCGACGUCGCCGUGGGCUUGGUAGAAGAGAUUCUGGCCGUCAAGUCGAGCACGUACUUCUUAGGCGAGGUCCCCGAGCUGCACUCCCUCGUGGAGAACAUGACGAGCUUGCAGCUGGCACACUUCUCGCGCGUGCUGGCGCUGCUGGUGUUUGAACCCGAGUACAGGCAGCUCAUGGAGAGCGCUCAUGUCCUCAGGUCGAUGGAGCUGUUACAGCUGCGGCGAGACCGCGUGGUGAGGGCUGACUCGAUCAUCGACAAGAACCAGGCCCUCAUCCUCUCGGCCCCCAGCCUCCUGCCGCGCCUCAUGGAGCUCCUGAGGGUGAUGAACUACAACCCGUCCCUGGCUACGUUCGCCGAGCAGGCCAUAGAGCUUGAGCAGACCCACAUUGCGCAGGUGCGGAUAAGCGUUGUGGCGGGUGACGGCACCGCGGAGGGAAGGACGCUGUCUCAGCAGCAGCAGCAGCGGUCGUGGCCGGCAGCGAGCGAAUGGGGGUAUCUGGCGGACCUCAGAUCGGCCGCGCAGGCAGUACCGGCGGCGGCGUCGGUUGAAACGGGAAGCCCCGUCCCUGGGACUGCUGGAGGACAGGCUUCGUCGUCUGACGACGCGCAGGCAGGGGGGCCCCGAGCGCGCAGCGGCAGCGGCGGCGGCGGCGGCGGCGGCGGUGCGGAGCCCAGCCGGAUUGCGAAUUUCUUUCGGUCCAUCUUCCGACGGAGCAUCUCUCAGCGAGACGAGCCACCGGCCGCGAUCUCCCCGACUGCCACCGUCGCCACGAGUGCAAGCGCCUCCGGUGCCGGGGAAGAAGGCGAAGGUGCACCGGCAGGAGGGGGGAGAAGAACCAGCGCGAGUUCCGCGGCGGAUGCGGCGGACACGGCGGCGGAGCAUCUCGAGAGGUCGGCGCAGCAGCACAGGGACGCGGCGGGGGCGUGGGGCUUGACAGCGGAGCGCUUCCAGCGCGCCGCGGCCGGCGGCGGCGCCGCCGCCGCCGCCGCCAUUGACAUACCCCCGCCGCCGCAGCCGCCAUNGCGAGUUCCGCGGCGGAUGCGGCGGACACGGCGGCGGAGCAUCUCGAGAGCGGAGCGCUUCCAGCGCGCCGCGGCCGGCGGCGGCGCCGCCGCCGCCGCCGCCAUUGACAUACCCCCGCCGCCGCAGCCGCCAGUGGACGCGGGCGACGGCGCCGGCUUCGCGAUCCGUGACCUGCUGAACUUCCUGCAGCCGGCGUUCGUUGGUCCGGACCCCGCGGGGACAAUCGCGUCCCUGGAGCAGGCGUUGACCUGGGGGCGGAUGGGGAUGAUGGACCCCGGGGGCCACGGGAUCGGGCCCAGCGUGGCCCUGGGGCGUCCGAGGCUGCACCAGCCUACGCCGGAGCAGGCUCGGCAGGAGCUGCAGUUCAAUGGGCGCACGCUUGCCCCGCACCAGGUGGAGGUGCUGUUCGUCCUUUGCACCCUCCUCGGGGCCCGGCGGAAGGGAGAGGCUCACCAGGCCCUCGCCAAGCUCGGCCUUAUCGACGUGCUGGACUCGAUGUUCGACAGGCUGAGCUGGGGCGUCCCGUCUUCGACCCAGGGCCCCCACGGCGCCCACUGCGACUGCAACCCGGAGUCGGCGCUGCGCGUGCAGGAUUCGAAUAACAAUCCUCUUAAGGGUCUGCUCUUGUCGGAGCACGAGAGGGCGCUCUUCACCGCCGGUCGGUUCAUGCCAAACCCCAACGGGAGCGGAAACGUUGUGUACGUGGAGGCUGGGGCACCGGAGUCGGAGGCACAGCUGGCGUUCGCGUGGCGUGGACGAGCCGCCUCGUCCGCGGUAGCGGACGAAGGGGAGGGCGAGGGGAAGCGGGAGGAGGAGGGGGGCGGAGAGUGGGUAGACACCCGCGGACUGUUGAGCAAGAUCGUGGACGUCUUCAUGCGGGAGCCGAUGGACAGCCUGUACCGGUUCUGGCUGGCGAGCUGCGUUGAGGCGUUCCUCCGCGGUGGGAGGCAUUCGUCCAUGUGUGGAGAACACCUUCCUAAAGGUUGAAACUCCCCGACGUCUGUCGAGGACGAAACCCUCUUUUCCACAAUGGCGUCGACGAAGAGAUGUCAGGUGUCUGCUUCUGGUUGCAAAAGACAUGGGUUCAAAACCUGCUGCUCACCUAAUAUUCUUCCGGAGUACACGGAAAAAGAAAAACGGUGGGUGGGCCAAGAAACGAUGCACUGUCUAUCGAACUCGAAACUUCUGGCAAUGCGUGGCGGAAGUGGCGCACCCGCAACACGCACAGAAGAUUGUUGGAAAAAAGGUGGUUCUACUCGCCGCCAGCCGGUCGGGUUCCGGUUACCCCAAGAAGACUUCUCUUGCCUAGCAAACAAGAAGAAGCCUCGAAAAAGGGGGGGGUAAUGUGGAGAACACCUUCAUG